AAAAUUACUACAAAAAAUUAAACAUUAUAAGUUUGUACCCUUCUGCUAGGGUGUUUUGUUUUGACGUUUUUGACACUAGAGAAAAAGUUUUCUCAAUCUCAACAUUUGUAAGGCAAUUUUGCUUUCUUUCUGAAUUUUAAGUGAUUUUUAAACAUAGAACAAAAUAAAACUUGAAAUUAUUGUCAGUUAUUACUAGAAUAUGGAUGAAUCUGUAGUGUUUGUCGACCAGAUAAGAGAAGGUGACGAUGACGUCCUUAUACUUGGGCCUCCUGUACAAUGCCCAAACGAAACUAAAAACACAGCAAUAAGCUCGAAUCAAAAACCAAUAGCUUAUGUAGAUCUCAGUCGUGACUCUUUACAAAAUCAGCCUGAAAAACAUUCCGAUGAAAACAAAGAGAAAGCUCCAGAAAGCUCGGAGUACUUUCUGGAGUGUGCAGUUUGUUUGGAAAAUUUGCGAUACAAACCGAUUAGAGUGCUGCAUUGUGGACAUUUAUUUUGCAAAAAUUGUACGGAUCUGCUAACUGGUACUCCUAGAUCUAAGUGCCCGAUAUGCAGGAAACUGAUUAUAAAGAAACAUAUCCGGCCUGUAUACAUGUAGUACCUAUUCGAUCUCAAAUUUUAAGUUACGUUCCUGUUUUUUGUGAUAAUAUUAUAAUACUUGUAAUUUUAGGAUUAAUUUGUUAGAAUCAAAUGAGUUUUCAUUUAAUUAACUAGACAGAUUUG